UUGACAACUGCCCACCGAAACAUCCCACAUCACCACUACAAAAGCAAACACUUUCGCACUCUUCCCUCAUACUACUUCAAUUGGUCUUCUACACAAACAGUACAAAAUCACAGAUCAAUUUCAGAACAUCAAAAACGCGACCAAAAUCAUGUCUGCAAACACCGUUCACGUCAAGAACAUCAGCUCCGCGACGAGCGAGAAGGAAGUCAAGGAUUUCUUCUCCUUCUGCGGUAAGAUUACUACCCUCGAGAUCACUCCGGCUGGGGAGACUCAAAAUGCGACCGUAACCUUCGAAAAGGAAACCGCCGCCAAGACUGCCCUCCUCUUGGACAACACAAAGCUUGGUGCCACCGAAGUCCAGGUCACAUCUGCCUCGGGCAGCACUGAUGAUGAUGGAAGCCACUUCACAAAGAACACCGAGCGUGACACCGACGAGCUCACUCAGGAGGAGAAGCCACGAAGCCGCAUUGUCGCCGAAUAUCUUGCCCACGGUUACGUACUUGGAGACCAGGCCAUCCAACGUGCCAUUGACCUCGAUCAGAAGCAUGGAGUAUCCACCCGCUUCGCCGCCACUAUUACUGGCCUGAACCAGAAAUACCACGCUACUGACAAGGCCCGCUCCGUUGAUCAAUCCUAUGGGGUAACCCAGAAGACCAACUCUCUACUCUCUGGACUGACUUCCUACUACGAAAAGGCAGCUGGUACGCCAACCGGACAAAAGCUCGUCAACUUCUACACUCAGACCUCCCGCCAAGUCCAAGAUAUCCACACCGAGGCCCGUCGUUUGGCAGACCUCAAGAAGCAGGAGGGCGGUGUCUCGACUGUCCCAGGUACCGACAAGAGUAAGUGUGGCUGUGGUUCCGUUGAAAAGGACUGCCCAUGCGAGCCCGGCCACUGCGCCUGUGCCAAUUGCGGCAAGUCCGACGUCAAGAAAGUUCCAGGUUCGAACAAGACUACUUGCAGCUGUGGCGGAAAGACAGAUAUCUGUGGGUGUGUUCCGGGCGAGUGUGCAUGCAACUCUUGCCCUAAGGCAUCCAUGGAAAGUGUUGCUGGCACGGAGAAGACUAAAUGCAACUGUGGAGGAAAUGAGAAGAAUUGCCCUUGUGAGACAGGAAAGUGCGCUUGCAGCGGCUGCUCCAAGUAG